ACUCGCCAAAUUUUCAAGUUAUUCGUGGCCUGUCUUUUGCCAGCGAAGGAAGGUGUUAGUGAUAAUCAAAAUGAAAUCUUUAGUUUUAGCGUUAGCCAGUUUGGUGGCAAUUUAUUCUGUUAAUUGUGAUGUUUACUUUGAGGAGAAGUUCCCUGAUGAUUCAUGGGAAUCGAAUUGGAUUUAUAGUGAACAUCCCGGUAAAGAGUUCGGAAAAUUCAAAUUGACAGCCGGCAAGUUCUUCAAUGACCCAGAGGAAGAUAAAGGUCUGCAAACCUCUGAGGAUGCGAGAUUUUACGCCCUAUCGCGUAAGUUCGAGCCCUUCUCCAACGAUGGCAAAAACCUGGUUGUUCAGUUCUCAGUCAAACAUGAGCAGGAUAUAGACUGCGGAGGCGGUUACUUAAAGGUCUUCGACUGCAACUUGGAGCAGAAGGACAUGCAUGGCGAGACUCCAUAUGAGAUUAUGUUUGGCCCUGACAUUUGUGGUCCUGGCACCAAAAAGGUUCAUGUAAUCUUCAGCUACAAAGGCAAAAAUCAUCUCAUUAAGAAAGACAUCCGUUGUAAAGAUGAUGUAUACACCCAUUUGUACACACUGAUUGUUAAGCCAGACAAUACCUACGAGGUGCUCAUCGACAAUGAGGUUGUUGAGAAAGGAGGACUAGAGGAGGACUGGGACUUCCUCCCACCUCAAAAGAUCAAGGACCCAGAAGCCAAGAAACCAGAAGACUGGGAUGACCGUAAAACAAUUCCAGACCCAGAAGACACAAAGCCCGAAGAUUGGGACAAACCAGAACAUAUUGCUGACCCCGAUGCCACUAAGCCCGAGGACUGGGACGAUGAGAUGGAUGGCGAAUGGGAGCCACCUAUGAUUGACAACCCAGACUACAAAGGUGUAUGGGCUCCUAAACAGAUUGAUAACCCCGCUUACAAAGGUCCAUGGGUUCACCCAGAAAUUGACAACCCUGAGUAUGUAGCUGAUGCAAACCUGUACAAACGCUCUGAGAUUUGCGCUGUUGGUCUUGACUUAUGGCAAGUUAAAUCUGGCACCAUCUUUGACAACAUCUUGAUCACUGAUGACAUUGAAGCAGCCAAGGAACGCGGAGAAGCUCUCAAGAAGACUUUAGAAGGAGAGAAGAAGAUGAAGAAUGAGCAGGAUGAGGCAGAAAGAGAGAAGGAGAAGGCAGAGAAACCUGAAGAUGAAGAUGAUGAGGAUCUCGAUGAUGAAGCGGGAGAUGCAGCGCCAGUGGAGGAACACGAUGAGCUGUAAACGUGUUAGUGUAUAUGCAAAGACAUUUGAAUACCAAAAGGUAUAUAAUAUAAGAACGCGCAGGGGUUAAUCGCAUUUAACCUGUUCCGGUUAUAUAAGUUAUCUAUAUGUGUGUCCAAUCCCGUCUUUACUAUAUUAUCAAUAGCACUGUGUGACUCGAAAUAUUCCAUUUUAUACUAAUCGGACGUAUUUGGCAGUAAGCGUCCAUAGUGAUGAUUUUUGUAUAUAAAGAAUGCGUUCAUUUUUGUUAUUUAUAUGCGGCACUGUGUGUCGAUGAAUGUGUGUUUGUGUUACAACAUCGGCCGUUCCUAUGUUGCCUGUGUUGUAAUAUAAAUUAGUGUGUUAUCAGUUUACAUUGUGAAAUGAGUCUGAUUAAAUUAAUAUAAUUUG